AUGCAGUGCUCUCUCAAAACAGCCUCCAGGUUCUCCUCAAAUGCCUCUAUGGUGAGGUCGUCACAGAGAUUGGGCCAGGUCCAGAGGCAUUUUUCCUCUUCCAGUUUCUGCCAGAAGCAAAUACAGGAGGCCUACAUCUUGGGGGCUGCACGUACACCAACUGCCAAGUUCAAUGGCUCCUUUGUCACCGUCCCUGCUCCUGAGCUGGGUGCCGUAGCCAUCAAAUCCGCCAUCGAAAAGUCCGGAGUACCCCCUGAGAAAUUCACCGAUGUUUACAUGGGUAAUGUCUUACAAGCAUCUAUCGGCCAAUCCCCUGCGAGACAAGCUUCCAUCUUUUCCGGCCUGGCUCCAACCGUCGAGGCCAUCACCAUCAACAAAGUCUGUGCCUCCGGCCUCAAGGCUGUCGUCUUCGCCGCACAGAAUAUCCAGCUUGGUCUGGCAGAGGCACAGAUUGCCGGUGGUAUGGAAAACAUGUCAAGAGUCCCAUAUUACCUCCCGCGGGCUAGCCAACAGGGCCCAUUUGGCAAUAUGAAGCUGGAGGAUGGCCUGAUCAAGGACGGCCUGUGGGACGUCUACAACCAAUUCCACAUGGGGGUGUGCGCGGAGAACACGGCGAAGAAGUACCAAAUCUCUCGCGAACAGCAGGAUGAGUAUGCCGUGCGAUCCUACAAACGCGCGCAGAAGGCAUGGGCGGAGAAGAAAUUCGACGACGAAAUCGCCCCCGUUACCGUCAAGGGAAAGAAAGGAGACACCCUCGUGACCAUCGAUGAGGGCUUCGAAGAUUUGCGCGAGGAAAAGAUGAAAUCGCUCAAGCCGGCUUUUGUCCGCGAUGGCACAGGAACCGUCACUGCCGGCAACGCCUCUACUUUCAACGACGGCGCCUCCGCGCUAGUAAUUACCAAUAAGCAGAUUGCUCAACGGUACGGUGCAGCGAGCAGGGUUCUUGCACGCAUCGUAUCGUCUGCUGAUGCCGCUAUGGAUCCCAUUGACUUCCCCGUCGCGCCCGCCAAGGCUGUGCCUAUCGCGCUGGAGCGAGCGGGCCUAACCAAGGACCAGAUCUCUAUCUGGGAAUUCAAUGAGGCAUUUGCCGCCGUCAUUAAAGCUAACGAAAAGAUCCUUGGCCUCGAGAACGCGUGUGUCAACCCCCUUGGUGGCGCCAUCUCCUUGGGCCAUGCUCUUGGAAGCUCUGGCUCCCGCAUUCUCACCACCCUGCUUCACCAGUUGCAACCGGGCCAGUACGGCCUCGCGGCCAUCUGCAACGGCGGCGGAGCAGCUACUGCCGUGGUCGUCCAGAGAGUGGAAAAGGUCGAGUGA